GUAAUGGGCAAUCAAUUGGCGUGGUGAAUGCAAUUGUCGGGCAGCGUCGUUAUACGGUAACGCUGAACGGCGAAUCAAACCAUGCAGGCACCACGCCGAUGGGUUAUCGUCGUGAUACAGUUUACGCUUUCAGUCGCAUUUGCCAUCAGUCGGUCGAAAAAGCGAAAAGGAUGGGCGAUCCGCUGGUUCUGACCUUUGGCAAAGUAGAGCCGCGCCCGAAUACGGUAAAUGUGGUGCCGGGUAAAACCACGUUCACCAUUGAUUGUCGUCAUACCGACGCUGCCGUGCUGCGCGAUUUCACCCAACAGUUAGAAAACGACAUGCGGGCGAUUUGCGAUGAAAUGGACAUUGGUAUUGAUAUCGAUUUAUGGAUGGACGAAGAACCCGUGCCGAUGAAUAAGGAGCUGGUCGCCACCCUGACAGAAU